AUGGCGUUGAGAAGAUGGUUUGGACAACUGAAUACGUAUUUACUGCAGUUGUUCAGUAUGUCUACAGAAGAUGACCUCAAUUUCAGGAUUGCAGAAGCGCUGCAGGUUUCUUCAGUAAAGGAAGAUUUACAACAUAAUACCCAUGCAGUUCAUCCACAUCAAAUCUUAACAAUUCCUGAAGAUGGAAUACAUUCAAGGAGGCAACUGCAGAAUACAUCAAACAAUACCGAUAAGCUAUUGACGCAGGAUAGAUGCACGAUACUCAGAAAGUUACGCAAAGUGUACUGCCUCCUUGAUCAGUCCGUAAAAAUUGUAAACAGUGCUUAUGGAGUGCAAAAUCUGACGCAAAUAUCUUCCAGUCUUAUAUGUAUUGUCGUCGAAACGUAUGGAAUUGCUGUCAACUGGCGUGAUCUAAGCAGUGCUCUACAUGGAGACCAGAGAAUAAUAAAUGUAGUUCAUAUGUCUCUGUGGUUUGGCCUGAUGGUUUGGCGGAUCGUCGGCAUAUCCUACAGCUGCGAGAUGGUUAUUCAGGAGGCGAGACGCACACAGCGGCUGGUCACCAAACUUCAGAUGCUGUCGCUGCCUGCUAGCAGUGGUGUUCAGGAAGAGCUGCAGCUGUUUGCGGAACAGCUGGCGUGCAGCACAGUCCACUACAGCGCAGCUGGGUUCUUCACACUGGACCUGUCGUUGCUGAAGAGCGUCGUGGCAGCUGUCACCACCUAUCUUGUUAUUCUCAUACAGUUCUCUGUUGCUGACACUAAUGUGGAGCUAUUAUAG